AUGUACAGUGAUAACGAGGAAGAUAUAGCGUCAAGUCUAAUCAGCAAAAGCAAGUCCCUAGUUGAUGCCGAAACAGGCAGCUCACCGGAGCAAAGUGAGGACGAAAAUGAAGCCUACGGGGUCCAGGACGUGAUACUGAGCUCGGACGAGGAGGAAGCGGCAGGAAAGGGCAAAAACAAGCAGGCUGAAGAAGACUACACGGAGAAAUUGGCAUUUCCGAAGUUGGAGGCAGAAGACGGCCCAGAAACGGCAAAAGAAGACGAUGCACGGUUCAUCGAGGAGAUCCAGCAGAAGGCAGCCCGGUCGAGGGCAAAAUCGAAGGGCAAGUUCGCGUCGUUCGGGUUGUCGAAGCAGCUGUUGGCGAAUAUUAAGAAAAAAGGAUACAGGCAGCCGACACCGAUCCAAAGGAAGACGAUCCCACUCAUAAUGGAGAGUAGAGACGUGGUGGGCAUGGCAAGGACGGGAUCGGGCAAGACGGCGGCGUUUUUGGUGCCGCUGAUCGAAAAACUCAGGCAGCACUCGCCGAAAAUCGGCGUGAGAGCAAUUGUGCUGUCUCCAACGAGAGAACUUGCAAUACAGACUUACCGGCAGCUCAAGGAGUUCUCGAAAGGAACGGGGAUCCGGUCACUCCUAUUGGUGGGUGGAGACUCGCUCGAGGACCAGUUCUCGGCCAUGAUGGACAACCCAGAUGCAGUAAUUGCGACACCCGGCCGGUUGCUCCACUUGCAGGUGGAAAUGAGGCUCAGUUUGAAGACUGUGGAGUACAUCGUGUACGAUGAGGCCGACAGGCUAUUCGAGAUGGGCUUUAGCGAGCAGUUGAACGAGAUUCUCGCGUGCCUUCCGGACGAAAGGCAGUCUCUUCUCUUUUCGGCGACAUUACCGAAGAACUUGGUGGAAUUUGCCAAGGCGGGGCUCAGCAACCCGGUGCUCGUGCGUUUGGAUGCGGAGUCGAAGAUUUCCGAGAACCUUGAGAUGUGCUUUAUCACGACAAAGAAGAACGAGAGGGAUGCGAAUCUUUUGUAUUUGCUGGAGGAGGUGAUCAAGAUGCCGGCGGCAUCUGAGCGGCAGCAGAAGGAGUACCGGCGGCUGACGUGGGGUGAGGAUGAGGAGGAAGAGGACGAGGAGGAUGAGGAUGAGAUUUGGGAGGGAGAAGAUGAGGGAGAAGGAAAAGCAAAAGCAAAAGAAAGCAAACACACCAAUUCCCACCGCUUGAAACCUGCAAAACACAACGAACUCCCAAGCGACAAUGCUACAAUCAUCUUCGUGCCCACAAGACACCACGUGGAGUUCAUCACGUCGAUCCUACGGGAUGCCGGGUUCUGCGUGGCCUACAUAUACGGGUCUUUGGACCAGCAUGCCCGGAGAAGGCAGCUUUUGGCGUUCCGGGCAGGUGUUUGCUCGAUUCUCGUGGUGACAGAUGUGGCAGCCCGGGGAAUCGACAUCCCCAUUUUGGCCAAUGUGGUCAACUACACCUUUCCGUCAACCCCAAAGCUCUUUGUGCACCGGGUGGGCCGGACAGCCCGUGCCGGAAACAGGGGGUGGGCGUAUUCGAUCGUCGGGGAGGCGGAACUUGCCUAUUUGAUGGACUUGGAGGUGUUUUUGGGCAAGAAAAUACUUACUGCGUCGAUCCAGGAGAAGAAAACGGAGAUCUUGGGCCGCGAACCUCCCGUUUCGUACACAAAAAGACUCGUUUUGGGGUCAGUUCCGAGGUCUGGGCUCGAGGAAAAGCAGGAAACGGUGUCUGCAAUCUUGAAAGGGGACUAUGACGCGGUGGUGCAGCAGGGGGUGUGCAUUAGGGCCGGGCGGAUGCUCCGCAAGACCCGGCAUCCUGCCUCGGCCGACGGAGUUCGGCGGGCCAAGGAGUUACUAGUUUUCGGGUGGGAUGAGCAGAAUCUAUAUUUUGGCAAAAACAUGGAUCGCGAGAAGGAUCGGCUGUUGGAAAAAUUCCAGCACCGGAAGCACCGGGAGACGGUGUUUGAGUUUGCCGGGGCCAGCGACUAUCUUGUGGGGCUGAUGGCCAAGAGGCGGCGGGAGGUUGCCCCGGUGCAGGAGCGGGCACGGCGGCGGCGGCGGCAGGCGGCCCAGGAGAGAUUACUGGGGCUCACGCACCGGGUGGAGGACGAGGCCGCGUGGGAGGGGGAGGAAAGAGGGGAGAAUUUGGGAGAAAGGGGAGAAAAGGGAGAAAAGGGAGAAGAGGGAGAAAAGGCAGAAGAGGGAGAAAAGGGAGAAAUUUUUGGGGCAAAAACAAAAUCCUUCAGAGACUCCUCCUUCUAUCUCCCCCACUAUGCCCCUUCUCAGGCCCAGGCAGAAAGCCAAAUGUCCGUUAACGCCGAGGGUGGAUUCGGUGCACAGGUGUCGCGUGCGUCGUUCGACGUCGCAGCAGACGAAACCACCCUGGGCGAAACCCAGAAGCAGAGACCGAAAUUCGUCUGGGACCGGAAAAAAAAGAGAUACAUCAAGAACCAGGACAACAACAAGUACAUCAUCGGCGAAAAUGGCCAGAAGAUCCCCGCCAGCUUGCGGAGUGGCCGGUACGACGACUGGAAGGAGAAACACCGCGUGGAUGGCUUCCGGGUCGGGCUCAUGGAGAGUUCGGCCCACCGGGCAGGUGUAGAUCACAAAGAUGCAGAUCUCAUGGGUGGCAAAGUGCACGGCAAGUUCGUCCACAGGCGCAUCCGUGCACCAAAGCUUCCGGACCGCUCCCGGGACCACUACGGCAAGCAGAUGGAGAAGGUUCGGAAGGCUGUUGCCGGUGGCUUGAGAGUGAAAGGCUACCAGGCCAAAAAAGGCCCCGGUGGCGAGUUGAGGAGUGUCGAUGACAUCCGGAAGUCAAGAAAGCUGAAGGAGAGACGCCGGGCCAAGAAUGCUCGGCCGAGUAGGCGUUAG